CGUCUCCUGGGAGUUUCCUUGCUUUCACCACUCAUGUUCUCUCCCAUAGGCCGGUCUCUUUCCACUACGUUUUACACUGGAUUCUCGGACGGCUACAGUUGCCAUAAAUUAUGCGCAUUUCAGAGCCAAGUCAAUUGGUUGAUGAGUUCAAGAAAUCUGGCGAAUUCGACCGCUUGAGACGCGAAUUGCUGUCACAAUUCCGCGAUGGCAACUCCAUGGCAUCGCUUGUGACCCAAGUGGAAGAUAUCGUCAAACGACAGCUGGUGUCCGAUCAAAAGCUGCAGUAUAUGUCGGACGCUGUAGCAUAUAGAGAACUCUUACAAGAGGUCGACAGAUAUCCUGUUGUUGAACGUGCCGCCGGGGGUGUGACAACACUAGCGGACCCUGCGUUCAUUUCGUCCAUCCAAGAAGAGUUGUCCGAUUUACUUCUAGAGAAUCGACACCCGGGUACUAGCAAGAAGAGUUUAGCUGCCGCUUCGACAUCGAGACAUUAUGUUCCGUCGUAUCAGGACAAUGACCAUAAGCACGGAGCUGGCCAUUCGCAUAGCUAUACAUCACAAGUCAGCGAUGCUUCCCCGCCAAACCAACAAGGGCAAUUGCCACAAGCCACCGAAACUAACGACGACCCUCCCGAGGAUGACAACCACGGACUGAGUUUUGAUUCAGAGCAUACUCCUAUGGGGAAAACGCUAGCGAUCAGCGACACUAGUCCUGGGCGUGUCGGCGCUGCGGCUGAGGCAUCUGCACCCGCACAAACAAUUGUGGAAUCUCCUCGCGAUAUCCCAGUUCAUGAAGAUGGUCCUCCAAUAGGUAGUACGUGAUAAUCACAGUGGAAGUGUUUUCAAGCCAGCAUUCAGAUGAGAGUGCUGAGUGUGUAUAAGUACGCGUUUAGAGCAGGGCUCGGCAACGAGAGGUCCUCAAGGCUCCUUCACAGUAUAUGCUAAUCUGAGAUACAGUCUCUGGUUAGCCGGCGGAGCUCAGCGUGGCCGCCAACCCCACAGUCGGUUGCAGAAGGGAGGUGCCUGACCGCAAUUUCUUUUAUGCACGAGCGCGUACGUUCCCGUACUUUCUUCCUAAUGCUAACGUUUAAAAUGUAACCUAGUCCCUAUACCGAAAAGAAAAAAAUUGAAGUGCGAUAUGCUUGGUACCCAAUUGUUUUUUUCUUGGCCAAUAUUGUCAUCUCGGUCCGAUGUCAAUAAGGAUGUAUCUUUCAAUAUUGCAGAUAUAGAUCGAACACGCGUUUCUCUUC